CCAUCACCCCAGACCAUCCCCCACUGCCAGACUGCUUGGAUCCCUUUUACACGCUUUUUAUUUAAACUGGGAUUCUCCCUUUCCCUAAUUGAUAUUAAAGUCCCUUUUUGCUUUUUCUUUUCUUUUUCUUUGCUUCUCUUGUCUAUUCCUCUCUAGUUGCGGAUAGUGAAUCUGGAAUUCUAUCACGUAGACUCCACAUUAUCACGGUCCAUCAAUUCUCGUCACCAUGGCCUCUACCGAAUUACACCAGGCUCCUACAGCCGAGAAGGAGAUCGGAAGCGCCGCCACCACCGGCUCAAAUGUCAAUGGCGCAUCUACUACCCAGCGUUACGACUAUGGCGGCAAUCCGCUCUUCCACGCCCAUUCCGGUCCUGAUGCUAGACUCCCUGCCUUCGGUGGUGAGUUCCAACCAGGUUUAUACAAGCCUAUCGAACACCGCAAGUUCGCCAACCCUGCGCCUCUCGGUCUCUGUGCUUUCGCCUUAACGACGUUUGUUCUGUCACUUGUCAACGUCAACGCGCGCGAUGUUGCCGCCCCGAACAUCGCUUUGACGCUCGCAUAUGGAUAUGGCGGUCUCGUACAACUGCUGGCUGGCAUGUGGGAGAUGGCUAUAGGCAACACUUUUGGUGCCACGGCCCUAUCGUCGUUCGGUGGCUUCUGGAUUUCCUACGCUAUCGCCCUCACCCCGGGCUUUCAGACUUUCGACAAGUACACAGAGGCCGAGGAAGCAUCGGUACUUGGGUUUUUCUUGACGGGAUGGUUCAUAUUCACCUUCAUCUUGCUCUUGUGUACCCUGCGUUCUACUGUCAUGUUCUUCCUCCUAUUCUUUACCCUCGACCUCGCGUUCCUUAUGUUAGCCUGCUCAGAAUUCGCAAAGUCCAACGGCGCGCUCGGUGCGGGUAAAAAGUUGACACAGGCGGGUGGUGGAUUCGGUCUGUUGGCCGCAUUCCUUGCCUGGUACAACGCAUUCGCCGGUAUUGCCGACUCAAGCAACUCCUUCUUUAUUAUCCCCGUUUUUCAUUUCCCUUGGUCCGAAAAGGGACGCCAGGCGCGCGCCAUUAAGAACGAACGUGAGACGGUUUAAUCCAAGACGAAAAGCUCAAUAACAGUUUUGAAUGAUAUUCCAUUGGUUUGUGUAAAAUGCGUUAUGCAUAUAGUGUUAAUAGUUAAGAUUUAAAAGGGUUUAUAAUGUGAUUAUAAGAUAUAUGGUAUAAAGAAUUGUGAGUAAAAUUAAAUAUUAUUAAUUAAAAAAGAAAAUUUAUUAGAUCUUUUUAUAUUUAAUUAAAGUUUAUUAAUAUAUAUUAUAUUUUUUACA